UUUCCUUUUACAAAUCCUUUAGAGAAAGUUUGUAGCAGCCACAAAUGAAAACUGGCUCAUACUCUAAACUGUGAGCUGCUUGUCUGUGCAAUUGUUGGCUUGCCUGUGCGACGACAUGAGAGAAGAUAAGUUAUAUGUUAUGGCAGCACUGUGAGAGGUUGGGGAAGGGGGUGGGGGGAAGAAAUGCUACAGCCUGUUCAAUGAUUAGCAGGAAAUGGGCUUGCUUGCCAAAACUCCGCAUUAAGAUUUUGGCUUUCACUAUGCUAAUUCCCUAAAGGGUAGUCUCUCUCCCCCACUCCCCCUUCCCAAAAAAAGGAUAAUAGCGAAAGGAAAAUAUUCGAGAAGCGGAAUCUGGAAAGGAAAACGGGCCCUCUCAGUUCAAAGUUGCUCCUACCUACGGGAAAGAGCUUGCAGAUGCAAACAGAGAGCCAGGGGAAAAUAGGCUGGGCUUAAGCAACCUGCUACCGGGAUUUAGACAAAGAAGGUUUGAAAGAGGCAGAAGGAAGAGGGAACGGUUCCUAAUGUCAGUUCGGGAAGGGAAACAGCAGCCAGACACGGUGAAUGAAAUGGAAAGUGAGCAUUCUGCGUCCUCCUUGGCAGAAGAGGCAGCUGUUCGGACUAAAAUAACAACUCUGGUGGAAAAGUAAGUUUGGAGCAAGCACUUCAUGAUUUUGACUGCCUUUGAAACAUGCCUUCAUUGAUGCAUUAUCUUUUUGUAGUUCCUGUUUUUACUGUAGUUCUUUUUAUUCUGUUCUACAUGUUUAAUUUAUAUAGCGAUCAAAGCCUUCAGAGGUUAAAUAUAACAAAUACUUUGGUUCUAGCUAAAGUCUGCAAUUCAUUUAUCAAUGGGAAAACAUCUUUCCUAUGGGAAAACACACUAACAAUAUCUGGAAAAUCUUGCAGGGAAUACUUACUUCAAAGUCACUAUAUAACAACUGCCCUUUCAGAAGAGGAGGCUGAGUUUCCUUUGGCCUAUGCAAUGGUCAUCCAUAAAGAUUUUGAAACCUUUGAGAGACUCUUCAGGGCUAUUUACAUGCCCCAAAAUGUUUACUGUGUUCACGUGGAUGAGAAGGCAACUGUUGAGUUUAAAGAUGCUGUGGGGAGAUUGGUGAACUGCUUCCCCAAUGCUUUCCUUGCCUCCAAGAUGGAGCCAAUAGUCUAUGGUGGAAUAUCCAGGCUCCAAGCUGAUCUGAAUUGCAUGAAAGACCUUGGAGCCUCUAAGGUUCAGUGGAAGUACCUCAUCAACACUUGUGGGCAAGAUUUUCCUCUGAAAACUAACAAGGAAAUAAUCCAGCAUUUGAAAGGAUUUAAAGGGAAAAAUGUCACCCCAGGGGUGCUGCCUCCUGCACAUGCUAUUGAAAGGACAAAAUAUAUUCAUAGAGAGCAUCUCAGUUCAGAGGCAUCUUAUGUAAUAAACACCAAAGCAUUAAAAACCCCACCUCCUCACAAUCUGACCAUUUAUUUUGGCUCUGCCUAUGUUGCCCUUACAAGGGAGUUUAUCAGUUUUGUUCUCCAAGAUCAACGAGCCAUUGAUUUACUGCAAUGGUCUAAAGACACCUACAGUCCUGAUGAGCAUUUCUGGGUGACACUCAAUAGGAUUCCAGGAGUUCCUGGAUCAAUGCCAAAUGCAUCCUGGGAAGGAAAUCUUCGAGCUGUAAAGUGGCAUGAUAUGGAAAGUGAACAUGGAGGCUGUCAUGGUCACUACAUACGUGGAAUUUGCAUCUUUGGAAAUGGCGACUUAAAGUGGUUAUAUGACUCCCCCAAUAUGUUUGCUAACAAGUUUGAGCUUAAAACAUAUCCACUUACUUUAGAAUGCCUGGAGCUGAGGCUUAGAGAAAGAGCCUUAAACCAAAGUGAAACUCCAGUACAAUCAAGCUGGUAUCUUUGAUCUUCCUUGAUUCCAGGAUUCAAGGGAAUCAAGAUGGAAACAAAAGCUUAAUUAAGGACUUUCAGUUUGGAGAGGAGCUCUUCAUUUCCUUAAAGAUUUGGUCUUUAUCAAUCACAGCUUUCAAGGAUUAGCUCUGAGAUGACAAUGAACGUUUUGGCCACUCAAGAUGAAACAUUGACCAAAGCAGAAGCUUCAUUCCAAGUAAUGAGCAUGGACUGAUUGGAUAUCUGUGACUUGGACACCUGUGACUUUUUUCAUUCUACAAAUUUCAACUAUUGAUAUAUUAUAGACAAAAUAAUUGGACCAUUUUAUUUAAGACUUUUGUUAUAGCUACAUGUUGGAUAUCUAGAGUAUACUGAAAUAUAAAGAAGAAAGCCUACAUUUUUGUUGGCAUGUCUAUGACAAUGCAGAAUAAGUUCACCUCCAAGAAAGAAUUAUUUCUGACUUAGAACAGUGCCACAUCUCCAGCAAAGGAUAGAGCAAGGCUUGAAACACUGAAUGACAUCUACUUCAUUGGAAAAAAAAAAAGUCUGUGAAGACUGUAUGCUUUCUCCAUUACAAACUCCAGGUUUUUCUGUGCCCUUGGCUCUCUUUUAUAUUUAUCUUCUGAGCAAGGAGUUGUGAUGCUAUCUUAGAUAUUUGCUGGGAGAAGUUGUGAAGUGAAGAAAAUUUCAACUUUACUAAAGCAUGGAUUCCUUCCUCUGUGUAGGAAGACAAUGCACUUUUACAUGUUUAUAGAAUUUGAAAAGGAGUAAAUUCUUAAGUGCUGCUUGAACUCUCUGUGGUGGUGUCUGAGCUAAUCACUACAUGUUAAUGUGAUUCUUUCUAUGCUUUCUUAAAAAUAACAUCCCAGAGAGUAGAUUGUACUCUGUCUAGCAGAGCUUUAUCUUGAGCCAGUAUAAAAUAGCUUUGCCAUGUGUUAUCACUAUAGGAAUAUAAAAUAGUACAGGGUUUUAUUUCCCAUUCUUCUUUCUGUCUUCCUUAUAAUAAAGUAAAAUAAGUAAUUCUAGGCAUUCAUUCACAGGAAGAAGAUUUUAAGACCCUUAAAAUCAAUGGAGGCAGUUACCUCAGCACUAGGAAAUAUAGAGGUUCUAGAAAAUUACAGGAUCUCAUUCUUUUAGCAUGAUACAGUCAGGGUUUAAGAUACCCAUACCUGAGUUUUCCAGAAUUACUGUCAGAUCAUGGAAGCUUCAGAUUAGGAAACCAGUUUGAGAUCAAGAAUAGAAGGGAAUACACAAGGAAAUUGGCCAACCACCUUGAGAGGAAAUAUUACAGGUUCUUCAGUAACUGGUUCCUCCUGUUAAAACAUUCCAUUCAUUUCUGAAGCUGGAACCUACUCAGAAGAAGAGUAGAAUUUGGGACAACUUUUUUUUCUUUAGAGGAAAAGUCAAUCACACUGUCAUCUUAAGCCAUUUUACUGUGAUCAAAAGAAUGUGUUCCCAUUAUGAAAAAAGGCAGCCUCUUCAGUAACAUUUGAUUGAAGUCUAUGUUGUCAUCCUAUCAAUACUUUGGAUUGCUGCAGUUUUUUUCUGAUUAAAAUUCUUACUAGAGAACCAGUAGUAUAUAUUUAGAUAGGAAAAUAGUAUUUUUUAUCUGUAAUUUGCGCUUAUUCAAACUUAUACCUGUGUCACAUUUAACGGGACCAACUUUGCCAAAGGGAAAAGUAUGACUUUUCCUGUUAAAGAAUAAACUGUGAUCAAUUGGUGAGUAAAAACCAACCAAAUUGCUAUCAGUGAUGUCAGAAAACAGAUUCUGAAGGUCUAAAUGAAUAUUCUGGAAACAAAAGACUGUUUUAUACACUGGACUUUGCCAGGAGAACUCUUUCAGGAAUAGAUGUUUACACUUCAGCUAGAGCUCUCCUACACACUUUUCAGGAAGAACAGGUUAGAGGGGAGCCUCAGACUGACAGAUGAUCACUGGUCUGCUUGGCAUUUAAACUACUGAUUAUGUCUUUGUUUUGAAUGACUUUUGUGUUAUAUUUUCAUUUAAAUAAAUUAAUAUAUUGUUUUCCACUUUUAUAGGACAAUGUAUAGAGUUGCUUGUGUUGUUAAUUGACUCAUUGGUUAAAAUCCUUUGAGAAAGGUCACUAUGUGAAGGCAGUUCUCACAUAAAAAUUCUUUGAUUGAAAGAAAAGAAAUGAAAGAAAAUGAGAACUUUCUUUAAUUUUCUGGGAAUGAUUCAAAGCAAAAUAGUAGUGUCAAACUCAUGUAUAAAGACGUAGGACUAGACCUCUUUAUACAACCAUGUACUGGUUGUAUAACCAUAUAAGCAUAUACAUAUACUAGACCAUAUACAAGCAUCCCUGAAGUUGUAUAUUGUUUUAGAAAACCCCAAACUAACAUUAUCUCUGUUGUAUAUUUAUUUUGUUAAAUAUUUCCCAAGUACUUUUGAAUCUAGUUCAGGCUACAAAGGUGCCAUUCUUUUUGACACCUCUGGCCUAAAAAAAAGGAAAAAUAAUGGACCAAUCAUAUGGCAAGAACAAGGGAGCAUCAUAGGAUAGUUAAGCCUAUGUAGUCCACUAGAAUUCAUACAAUGUCAAGAGAACAUGAAUAUUCCUAGCACACUGAAUGGACCUCAUAUCAAAUUUAAGGAUGGACAUAAAGUAUACUUACACAGAAUGGGGCGAAGAGUAGAAUGAUAGGUUCAGACCUCAUACCAAAUUUAAGGGUAGACAUAAAGUAUAAUUAUACAGAAUGGGGAGGAAGAGUGAAAUGAUGGGUUUCAGUCUUCAUCAUUGGAGAGAAUUAACCACAUAGAAUUUAGGCAGCUAGGUGGCAAAGUGUAUAGAUCAUAGUGGACCUAAAAUCAGGAAGACUGGAGUCCAAAUCCAGCCUCAGCUACUUACUAGCUGUGUGACCCUGGGCAAUUCACUUAACCUCAAUUUCCUCAUCUGUAAAAUAAGGAUUAUGAUAGCAUCUAUCGUUCAUAUAGUUGUGAGAAUAAAAUGAGAUGAUAUUUGUAAAGUGCUUUUAAAACUUUAACCAGUGGUGUAUUAUAAUUCCAACCAAUUAAAAAAUUUUCAUUGUGAGCAUUUACAUCUCAGAAAUCAAUAUAGAGGACUAAUUUGUUUUGUUGAUUGUCUAGAUUUUUUUAAAGCGAUGGAUAAAAUGAUAAUGCAAAUUAAAUUUUAAAAUGUGUCUAGUCUUCAAUUUUUUCUUCUGCACUCUAGUUGUUAAAAAUUUACCAGCAUACUCCUAUUUAAAAUGCCUCAUAAAUGCUUGCUAGUAAUUAUUAUUACCAAUUCCUUAAAGUCCCAACUACUUCAAAAUUAUCUUAAGAAUCUUCCAAGCAAUCUAGGUAUCAUUAGGUACUGGGAAUUUUUUGGUUUUUUUUUUUUUUUAAUUAGUGAUUUUAGCUGAAAAUUACCAACCUUUCAAUGAUAACAUUCCAAACUUAUUUAAUCUGGUCCUCAGAGUUCAGAUACCAUAUAUUACUGAAUCUUCGUUUGAAACCUUUCUACCUUAAUAGAAUCUUUUACAGCAUGGGUUCUGUUACUCUAGACUUUUGAUAAACAUAUUUAAAAGCAUUAUGCAGUAGUAGUAUUGAUUUGAUUAUGGGCCCAGAUUUACAAAAUGGGAUAGUAGAAAAGAUCAAGAUGAAUAAAUGAAACAUAUUUGAAGCCACCCAACUAUAGUGGGCCAAGGUUAUUACUGUUGUGACAACAAAAUGAGAUAAUAUUUAUAAAGUGCUUUUCAAACUUUAAUCAGUAGUAUGCUGGAGCUGGCUCUAACCAAUUUAAAAUGAACAUUUACAUCUUAGAAAUCAAUAAAUACUAACAAAAUAGGAUUGAUUGAUGGUUUUGUUGAUUGUUUAGAAUUUUUUAAAGUGAUGGAUAAAAUAUUAAUAAUGUAAAUUAAAUUUAAAAGUGUGUCCUGUCUGUAUUUUUUCCCCUUCAGAAAUCUGUUUCUUAAAUAUUUAACAGCAUACCUUGAAACAUUUAUUAAGACGUAGAUGUCAGAGGGCAUAGGUAAGAUUUAGUAACAAAUGACUUACCCAAAAUUCCACAGCCAGUUAGUGUCAGGCCAGCAUGUGAAGCCUAGUAUCUGUACUUUCUCUUCUACCCUUCUUCCCUUUCCUCUCUGCCCACAUAAGCUAUCACAUCCUUACCUAACAAAUGUUCUUAAAAAGCAUUUUUUUCUUUCCUUUUGGACCUCCCAAGAUAUUUUGGGGUUUACUGGUUAGAUUUCUUUUUUAAGGAUCAUAUCUUAAACCAAACCAAUCUGAUUCUCACUGAUUAUCAAUAUAGGCAAGUCCUAAUUGGUCAUUGUUUGAGUCCUGAUUAACUCAUAUUGAAUAUAAACAGCUGUCAUUUCUGUUUUGGCCAGAAACCCUGAGGGCCUUUCCUUCCAGAUUUAUUUACUUAUUUAUUUGGAUUUUUUUUUCCUUUUGGACUAUCUGAAAGAAUAGUCCCAAUUGCUACCACACCUUAAUUACUAAAUGGGUGCAAUCUAGCUUAAAAAAGAUCAAGGUCUCCUGUUGCAUCCAGGGCCAUUUCCAGUUCUUAUGAUCUAUAUCUUGCCCCUGGACCCAAAUAAUUCUGGAUGAGAAAGUGAGACAAGUGACCUGCACUGAUCUCCCUCACUUCCAGUUCACUUGCUUGUCAUGGAUAACAUCACCUCCCUUAUAUCAUGGUCCUCUUCUAGAAUAAAGGACAAACAACAACAAAUAACUGAAAGGUUUAAGUACCAGAGGAUCCAGGAAUGGUUGUUGAAAAAAUGGUGAAGAACUAGGGGGAGGUAAACCAACUUUUGGGAAAUAGAGGCUUCAAAAUUUAAAAGAAAUAAAUUAUUUUUCAGUCAUUUGACUUGGCUCUUUGUGUCCCCAUUGGACUUUUCUGAGCAAAGAUAGAAGAGUAGCUUGCCAUUUCCUUCUUCAGCCCUUUUUUACAGAUGAGGAACUGGGGUAAAUGGUUAAACAAUUUACUUCCUCAGGAUUAUACAGCUAGUGUCUGAAGCUCUGUUUGAAAUCAUAGAGAUGAGUUUUCCCUGAAUCCAGGUCUUAGCAGUCUGUCCACUGCAUUACCUAGCUGUUGCAGAAGGAAUUGCAAACUACUCUUUGCCAAGGAAACCCCAAAUGGUCACAAAGAGUAGAAAAUGACGGGAAAAAAAAUGAACAACGAAUGACCUUUUAAAUAAUUUAGUCUUUUAAUAAUGUCAUAUAGAUUGGUAAUUUAUGUCUAGAUUAAAAUCAUUAUGCUUGAAUAUAUAUAAGGUGUAUGCAUACGGUGUAUGCAUUUCUAAGAUGGCAAAUUAAAAAGGUACUACUAGCCUCUAUUAAUGGAAGAAGUUAUUUUGUUGAAUUUUCCAUAUCAGCAAAAUCAUAGGUCCAGGCUCUAUCACUGUCCCAUGUGAUGCCAUACUCAGUAUUAUAAUAACAAAAAUCAAUAUUAGUGCCUUUGAAUUCCCAUGUUUUAACAUAUAAAAAUUAAAUAUGAACAGGUUAAAUAUUUCAGUUAAAGCAGGGGUUCUUAAUAUGAAAGCAUGAACUUCUUUUAAAAUUGGUAAUCAAUGUAAUUAGCUUCAUUUAUAAUCCUCAGUAUUUUAUUUUAUGCUUUUAAAAACACUAUGAUGAUGGACUUUAGCAGACUCCCAAAGUUAUCCUCAAUACAAAAAAAUUAAGAAAGACUGAGUUUAACCAAUAUUUAGAUGCUUUUGGUAAAUUCAUUUUCCCUAAAUAAUCCUUUCUUCAUUCUAUUCCCUUAUUCAAACCUUCCAUGAUUUCUUAUUUCCUGUACUAUGAAAAGCUCAGGUUAUCUGAUUGACUUUCAAGAUAGCCAUGCAUGACUUUCAAAUUCAUUUUUGUUAUCAUCAGUACCUCUCUUCAAUAGUACCUUCACCACAUUAUGCUUAGGUUUUAUCUCCAUGCCAUCUUUCCUGUAGAUCCUCCUUCACAGAAUCACCUCUCUUUCCCUUUGCUUAAUCAAACUACCUAUUCUUUAAGUCUCAGAUCAAAUCCAUUUUCUAAGCUCUUAUGACCCACAUUUAUCUUAUUUCAGUUUCUUAUUUAACAGAACCAGGAAUAUAUAGUACUAAAAGUCUGCAUCACAUAAUUUACGACUAAACUAUAUCCUAUUUUAUUUUACUGUUAUUUCAAGCAUAUUAGACUUGUCUCCCAAUAGAUACCAAAAUUUUAAAGUCAAGGACUUUGCCUUAUACAUCUUCCCCAAAAUAAUUUGCCUAAUGUUUGUUGUUCAGUUCUUUCCAAACUUCAUGACCCCAUUUGAGGUUUUCUUGGCAAAGAUACUGGAGUGGUUUGUCAUUUCUUUCUCCUCAUUUUUACAGAUGAGGAAACUGAGACAAACUGAGUUAAGUAACUUGCCAAGGAACACACAGCUGGCAAUCAUCUGAGGCUGGACUUGAACUUAAGUCUGUCUCCAGGCUUGUCACUUAAUCCAUUAUGGCACCUAGUUGUUUUUGUCCAGUCAGAGAUCACUAAGUACUUGGAUGUUCUACAUUUGGAAUCACUUCAAAUUACUCAUCUUCAAGUUCCCACUCUGCUACUCAUCUCUUGUGAGAAUUAGGACAAGUUAAUUUACUUCACUGUGCCUCAGUUUCCUCCUCUAUAAAAACUACUUUCCAAUCACAGAGAGCUAUUUGUAAAGAUCUAAUAAGAUACAUAAACAACUCUGAAUUUUAGUAGUGUAUUAAUGUUUUAUGUUACCCUGGCCAAGUUGUUUAAUCUAUCAAUAUUCUAGGCGGCUCUCAGACUUUAACUGCAGACAAGGUAUCAACUUAUAUUAGCUAUAAAUGUCAGUUGAGUGAGAUAAAAAAGAAAGCACAAUUCCCCUAGCAUCUUUCUGCCAGUCAACAGAGUAAUGAGAGAAGCUGGUCACUGUUUUUACAAUAUCAAAGCUGUAAUGGUUCUCAAGCUUUUUUGUUUAAUCUUGAUUUCAAUCAAAUAAAUUGUAUUUUUAGUAGGCUUUACAAAAGAAAUAUGCCUUAGAAAAAUAAUAUGUCUUUGAAAAAUGAAUAGAUGUCCAUCAAUUGGGGAAUGGCUGAAUAAAUUAUGAUAUAUGAAAAUAA